GAUUGUGAGGCAGAAACACCGCCCGUUGUCAUCGCUGGCUGUUGCGUAACCAGAUUCGUGGAGAGGCCCCUUAAAAUGGCCUCCUUCGAGUCUCGGGACUUCUCGAACCUCCAGGAGGCUCAGGAUACGAAAGAAGGAACUGUAGAUAAUUCCAAUAAUGAGUGUGCAAGGACGCAGAGAGGAGAACUGAAGGCGGAGGCGAUCGCGGACGCAAAAUGUGAGGGUGCGGGCGUGCGUUGGCAUGUGAGGCAUACGCUAGCAUUAGUAGGCUUUUUGUCCUUUGCGCUGGCAUCGGCUGUGCGCGUCAGCCUGUCCGUCGCCAUUGUUGCCAUGGUCCAGCCGUCGACGGUGGCAACAGAGGCCGAGGGGGGGAAUGCUACAGACGCGGCGGAAGUUUGCCCCGGCGGAGAGGCUGCCACGGAAGCGAUGGGGAGCGAGGGGAGCGGGGAGUUCGCGUGGGACGAGCGCACGCAGGGCCUCGUCCUCGGCAGCUACUUCUACGGGUACGUGGUGACCAACGUCGCGGGGGGGCGGGCGGCCGAGCGACUGGGCGGGCGCACCGUCUUCGGCGUCGGCGUCGCCCUCAGCGCCGCCCUCACGCUCCUCGCGCCCGCCGCAGCCAGGGUCUCCACGGCGCUGUUCGUCACCAUUCGGAUCCUCGUGGGCGCCGUGUCGGGCGUGCUGUACCCGUCCAUGAACAGCCUGCUUUCCCACUGGGUGCCGCCCGCGCGCAGAGCCAAGUUCUCCACCAUCGUCUUUGCUGGUAUGGACUUCGGCACCGUGGUCUGCCUCCCUCUGAGCGGGUGGCUGUGCGAGCAGACGUUCCUCGACGGCUGGCCCCUCGUCUUCUACGUCUUCGGGAGCCUCGGCGUCGUCUGCGGGGCGGCGUGGCUCCUCCUCGUCAGCGACUUCCCCGAGAACCACCCUCGCAUCUCGCUCCGGGAGAAGGAGGAGAUCGAGAGGGAGUGCGGCGCGCAGAUCCGGAAGCCGGGACCUUUUCCAUGGAGGAGUAUGAUGACGUCACUCCCGGUCUGGUCGCUUAUAAUAGUCCACGUCGGCCAUAAUUGGGGCUCAUACACCCUUAUGACGCAGAUACCGACGUACCUCAAGAAUAUUCAGCAUUUCGAUAUGAAGAGUAACGGGCUGCUCUCUGCUCUGCCCUACCUGGCCAUGUGGCUCUUUAGCAUAGGGUUCGGGAUGUUCGUGGACGCGAUGUCUUCUAGGCUGUCUAUACUUAACGUCAGGAGGCUUGCUAUGGCUGUAGCCUCCUACGGGCCUAUGUUCGGUCUGGUGGCCAUGUGCUUCGUGAACUGCGACGGGAUCAUGGCCAUGGCCGUCCUCUGCACCGUCGUGGGCAUCAGCGGCUCUCUGUACUCGGGCUACAUGUGCUCCCAUCAGGACCUGGCGCCGAAUUUCGCUGGCACGCUGUUCGGGGUCACCAACACUCUGGCCAACAUCCCGGGUUUCGCGGCGCCGCAGCUGACGGGCGCCAUCACGAACGGCAAUCAAACCCUCAGCGCCUGGCGAAGAGUAUUCCUCCUGUCGGCGGCCAUCUACUUCGUCAGCUGCACGGUCUAUCUCCUCUUCAUCAGCGCCGACGUGCAGGCUUGGAACGAACCGCGCCGACGAGAGGGGGCAAGUUGCGUCAUUCACCAACAGAUGGCUCUAUCAAAAGGCACUUACCGCUUGAAAUAUUUUCGAAAAGGUGUUGCAUCGCAGCCAAAUGCAUCCCAGCUGUGUAAUUGUGAGGUUAUGAGGCUGUUGGAGAGUGAGGGUGACGUUGCAGGAAUACAGCUCAAGGACAGAGAUAAGCAGCUUGUGUUUCCUGUGGCGGCAGAAGGAGAGGGUGUUGCAUCGCAGCCAAAUGCAUCCCAGCUGUGUAAUUGUGAGGUUAUGAGGCUGUUGGAGAGUGAGGGUGACGUUGCAGGAAUACAGCUCAAGGACAGAGAUAAGCAGGCUAUCGGAGCUCUCCCCGUACAAAACAAUCUUCCUUCUGUGUUGUAUCAGAGCCUGAGGUUAGCGACCGUGUUUCUGAAACCAUUUCUAUCAGGUGCCAACCGCAGAAUGGCCACCGCUUUCACACCCACUGCCACCGCCGGACUCUGCAGCAGUUCUUGUCCCUGCCUUCCUUGUUCCCUUUUUCCCGCCACUUUUCCUUCUAGACACAGCUUCUUGAGUGAAUCUUCUCUAGUUAUGUCAGCUGUCGUUGAAUUGUUUUUAGGAGGCAACGUUUUUCUUCUACAAGUUGCAACACUUUUUGUCAUUGUCCAUGACUCACAUCCUGUUGCAUCUGCAGUCCUGGGCGAGGGUACUGCCCAAGUAACUGAAACUCUACACUUGCUGAAGUUCCGGUCCAUUAAGGAGGAAUUUGCAUCUGGCUGCAAGAAGAACUGA